CUUUGCUCACAGAAAUGAAGCUUCUUGACAUCAUUUUGGUUUAUCGCAGGCUUAUCCUCAUCAUCCUCACCCCACUGCUUUUAUUGCCACUGCCUUUAAUAAUCCAAACCAAAGAAGCAAAAUGUGCAUAUACCCUCUUUGUUGUGGCCAUUUUUUGGAUCACUGAAGCUUUACCUCUGUCUAUAACAGCUUUGCUGCCUGGUUUCAUGUUCCCCUUGUUUGGAAUCUUGCCUUCUAAGCAGCUGGCAUCUGCUUAUUUCAAUGAUUUUCACUUACUGCUAAUUGGAGUCAUCUGUUUGGCAACAUCAAUAGAAAAAUGGAAUUUACAUAAGAGAAUAGCUUUAAGAAUGGUGAUGAUGGUGGGUGUGAACCCUGCAUGGCUUACGCUGGGGUUCAUGAUCAGCACUGCCUUCUUGUCUAUGUGGCUUAGCAACACCUCUACGACAGCCAUGGUGAUGCCCAUUGUCGAGGCUGUCGCUCAGCAGCUCAUCAGUGCUGAAGCAGAGAUCGAAGCCACCCAGAUGACUUACUUCAGUGGAUCUACCAACUAUGGAUUGGAAAUUAAUGAAAGUGAUAAUUGCUCUGAAAAAAAUGAAGUGAAAGAAAAAAACAUUCCACUUUCACGUAACGAUGCAAGGAAAAGCUCAGGCAAGAUAGAUUUGGAAAAGAACUCAGAAGCUGGAAGAUAUCGGACACGGAAGGACCACAUGAUGUGCAAACUAAUGUGUUUGUCCGUCACUUACUCUUCUACCAUUGGAGGGCUGACCACUAUCACAGGCACGUCCACCAACUUGAUCUUUGCUGAACAUUUCAAUUCGCGCUAUCCAGACUGUCGCUGCAUCAAUUUUGGAUCUUGGUUUUUGCUUUCCUUUCCUGCUGCAAUUAUUCUUCUAUUCUUGUCCUGGAUUUGGCUUCAGUGGCUUUUCCUUGGUUUUAAUCUAAAAGAAAUGUUCAAAUGUGGCAAGAACAAAACAGUAAAAGAAGAAGCCUGUGAAAAUGUUAUUAAAGAAGAGUAUCAAAAACUUGGACCAAUGAGGUUUCAAGAAAUUAUAACCUUGGUCCUCUUCUCCAUAAUGGCCCUGUUAUGGUUUACCCGAGAUCCUGGCUUUCUUCCUGGUUGGUCCUCACUUUUUCCACAGUACUCAAGGUUUAUUACAGAUGCAACUGUUGCCUUAACCAUAGGCAUUUUUUUCUUCUUGAUUCCAGUCAAGAAGUUGACUAAAACUACACCUACUGGAGAAAUCACUGCCUUUGAUUACUCUCCGCUGAUUACUUGGAAAGAAUUCCAGUCAUUCAUGCCCUGGGACAUAGCUAUUCUUGUGGGUGGUGGGUUUGCCCUGGCUGAAGGAUGUAAGAUAUCAGGAUUAUCUGAUUGGAUUGGCCAACAACUAACACCUCUGGGGUCAUUACCAGUUUGGUCUACUAUCCUUAUAUCUUCUUUAAUUGUCACUUCUUUAACAGAGGUAGUCAGCAAUGCAGCUACUAUAACCCUUCUCCUGCCUAUACUGGCACCUCUGGCUGAAGCUAUUCAUGUGAACCCUCUCUAUAUUUUGUUACCUUGUACUUUAUGUACUUCGUUUGCAUUCCUCUUACCAAUCUCAAAUCCACCCAAUGCCAUUGUCUUUUCCUAUGGCCAUCUGAAAGUCAUUGACAUGGUUAAAGCUGGUUUGGGCAUUAAUAUCAUAGGUGUUGCUGUAGUAAUGCUUGGCAUUUUCACGUGGAUGGUACCCAUGUUUGACCUUCAUACAUACCCAAGUUGGGUUUCUGGAACGAAUAAUAAUACAUUGCCAUGACCAUCAAGCAGAAUGGAUCUUCUAAUUAUUGUACAAGCCAUUUUGAUAAACAUUAAGAGCACAUCAAGAUCAUACAAUAAAUGGUUAAGUUGGAGAAUAUUUGAGGGGUUAAGAAAAAAGUGCAAGCCCUCCAAAUCAUAAUUGCUGUUCUAUUGAACAUUCCAGGAAUUCCUUCAUUUACUGUAAUUACUCUCAAGGAAGCAUAGUAGAAUGUUGAGUUUGUGGUUAAAAAAAAGACCUGGGAUCCAAUCCUAACUCUUAGCUAUAAAUGUAUGAUUCUGGACAAGAUAUCUAACCUUUCUGUGCCUUAGGCGAUAUCCUAGGUGUUUUCUACUAAGAGGGUUGAAUUUUAUAUUGAUGGAAUUCCGAUACUGAUACUAAGAAGAUUCCUUGUGCAAAAGAAAUCAUAGACUAUGUAUUUGUUUAUUAUGAUUACUUCAGCAGGAUCCACAACACCUUUGAGAAGAAGGCAAUAUAAUUCCUUUGCCAUCAUACAAAGCAUCAUCAAGCAAUCCAUGAUUGACAUUGAACUUGUGUUAUUUGCUUGUUUAUAGAAGUGUUUACUCUUCAGUCUUCCAAAGAUAUCAGUCAACUUGCAUUAUCAUCAAAUUGGGGUUUAAUUUAACAUUCUGGUUCAUAUAUGAAUUUACUUGAGGCAUGGCAUGAAGCUAUGAACUUUUAUUUUUUUUUAAAUUCCUAUCAUUUAUUUGAAGUUAAAAAAAAAAAAAGUAUAAAAAGAGUGUGAUAUUGACCAUCAUCCUGGCAUGAAAACUGAAACCAUGAAAAAAAUUGAAUCCAAUUCUUGUUUAAUUUUUCCACAAACAUUAAAUGAAUUUAAUGUAAUUCAUGUCUUUAAUCAAUGUUAAGGAAUAUGUUUUACAACUGUAUGAAAAAUAAGGCUUGAUGUGAUUUGGGCCACUACUGUAAUAUAUAUACAACAAACCAAGAGGAAAAAACAAACAAAAAUAAUUCAUCAUUGCUUUAA